AGUACUUCAUAGCUGUCAAACGAACUCCACAAGCAUCUGGGGUCCUACUCAACGACUGAGUCAACACGCAGCAACUACUGUGGCUUUAAUUCUUUCUAACGGGAGAUAAACAAGACUGGCAUCACGACGCGGAUCUCACCAGUAGCUAAGAAUGGACGACGAGCUGGACGAGUUCAUCAGAAGACACAAGUUGCGAGUGGCUGCAGAUAAAGCCAGAUUAGAAGAGCCUCCUUACCUGGAAAUCAAGGUACGACACUGCAGAGGCUACGGUUCCACUAGUAAGGAGAACAUCCCACCUACAUUUACUGCUCCAGGAAAAGAUGAGAGUUGUAAUGUGGGCUUACCUCUCGGUCUGGAGUAUGAGAAGAAGAAACAGAGGCUGCAGCAUGAGCUAAAGAUGGACUACAGGUGCUACAUGGCUCAGGUGGAUGAUAUUCCCAAACAAAGAUCUGUGCUGCAGAGGAAUGUAACCAGUCCAACAGAAGAUGAGGAUGACCAAGGGUUUACACCAGUUCUCUCCGAACACUGGAACCAUCAAAGUAGACUUACGAAGCAGGAUUCAGAUGAUGAGGAGCACUACAAUGAUGAACUGGAGCAGACUGAAAGCGAAAGGCACUUGCUGCUGGAAACUGAUCCCAGGUGUAAGAAGAACCAGGAAGCUAGAAAUGAUGGAAGGGGCAAAAUGGAAAGUUUAGGUGUUGGAGGAGAAGACAGGAGAUGGAGAGAACUGAGCAAAAACGAAAAUGCAAAUGAAAAGCUUACCAUGGGUCUUGUUAUAGGAGCAGCUGAUACUGACGAGGUUUUACAGAGGAAGAAAGAGCGCUACAGACAGGAGCUUAAGGAGCAGAUCGCUGAACAGCAUCGUAACAAGAAGAGGGAAAAAGACUUGGAGCUGAAAGUUGCUGCAACUGGAACAACUGAUCCAGAGAAGCAGCCGGAACGGAUUCUGCAGUUUGGACUGAACAGAGGAAAGGGCCCAUUGUGUUUGAAGCCAUUUGAUGAGACUGACUCAUUGUCUAGACCUUUACCCUCUAAUGAGAAGACUGUUAGUGGUUGGGAAGGACCUUGUCCUGAGCAUCCACAUGUGGCCUUCCAGUCCCCGCUACUGGAGUACAGCUCAGUCCUUGGUCUGGGGGAAGACGGUCCAUCUCCUAACCGCCAUCCAGUCUCUCGAAAUCCUGUGUUUCAUCCUCACCCUCCUUCCUCAUUGAGUGAAUCUUACAGAAGUCCAUGCCUAGAACCCUAUCAGUCCUACAAAACCAGAAACUUGCUUGAUCCCAACAUGGCCCACUACGCUCAUUAUUCAGUUCCUGGUCCUGAGUUUCCCUUGGCCUACUGGAAUGUACCACCAAGGGGAACUGUUCCUACCAAGUUUGGGAACUACAGUCCUAACAGUUGUUGGAGUUUUCCUGAUCCUCUUGUGAACCGACCCAGCAAUGACGUUGUGGAUCCACUAACCGAAGUCUCUUCAGAGAGACCCAGAUCCACCAGGAGCAGGACUCUGAGUUAUAGAGAUGCCCUGAAACAACAGAUUGAAGAGCAGCAAGAACGCCGGCGUAUGGAGAGGGAGGAGAAGGAACGCCAUGAGGCCCAGCUACAAGCUGACAUGAAGAACCACCAGCCCUGGGGCAGAGGUGGAGGUGGUGCCCCUCUCAGGGACAGUACGGGGAAUCUCAUAGCUGACCUGAAUCAGAUGCACAAACAGAAUGAGGAGGUUUUUAUCAACCCAGAGGCAUGGCAGAGGAGAGCCAUGGCUGCCAAAAUGGCUCACCAAUCAGAGAAGCUGGACCCCACUGAGAGAGGUUCUGAUUCUGUUCCAGAGAGGAGGAAACAUGACGCCAGUCAGCGGAUCCCUGGCUUUACUCAUGCCCAGGCCCCUCAGUUUGCCCGAGGUAAAAUCUUUGCAAGCCAGCCUGAUGAGUUUCAGCUCCAAGAGCAGGACAAGUACAAAGCUUACCUCAAACAGCAGAUUGAAGAGAAAAUGCGUAAAAAAGCAGUAGAGAGGGACCGACUCAGACUGGAGGAGGAAAAGGAGGAGAAGAGGCUUUCGGAGCAGAGGCAGCGCAUCCAGAGGGAGUAUGAAGAAGAGCAAGAGAAGAAGAAGCAAAAGGAGGUGGAUCAAAGGGCCAAGAACGAGGAGCUGAUUCGGCUGGCCGAACAGAGGAGGAUGGAUGCAGAGAAGAAGAAGAAGGAGGAGGAGGUUGAGGAGAAGGAAAGCACCAUGCUAAAAACGAGACAGUAUGAGAGAGAGAGGCAGACACGAGUAGAGGAGGUUCACAGAGAGCCCUCUCCUCCAAUCCCCACUCUGCAGAGGAAGCAUGGGUGGCACCAGCGCCCUUCCAGACCUCCCAGUGUUACCAGCCAGCACUCUGCAGCUCCUCUGUCUGAGUGCUGUUUGUCCGGCCGUCAGUCUCCUCCCGUCCCUGCUUGCAGGAACCAGCUCAGAGCUGCAGGAGACCAGAGGGACAUUUUCAGUGAGCUGUCAGCGCUGCGUCGGCAGCUAAGGAAAGAACAGAGGCGCCUGGAAGCUCACCUGCAGCAGGAUAACUGGGACGAGUUGGACUCUCCUGUUAGUAUGAGAUUACCAGAGGUGGAUGUGUUCGACAUGGCCCGCCUCCGGCUCCAAGCUCCAGUCCGAAGACCUAACUCCAAAAAAAUAGAGCUCAGAAACCCGUUGCACAUCCAUGACUCCUUUCAGCUAAAAUACCCAGUUAAUGUGGAUGGAGAGUCAAAGCUGGGCUCCAGUGAAGAUGAUAAAGAAGAGAAACUGGGCAUCGCCAGCAGAAGGAGCCAAGACUCCAGAGAUUCGAAUCACCAGUUUGCCAGACAAAGAUCUACAGUCCAUGAUGGUCAGAACUUUAUAUUUUAUUUAACCCAUUAUAUAAAGAGAUUUUAGCU